AUGAAUUACAUUUUAGUGGAGCAAGAUGAAAGACUUUAACUAUUGAUAAGUAUCGUGAAGAGAAUUAAAUCCAAUACUGUCGUAGUCUUCUCUGAAAAUUAAAUCAAUGUAACUCAAUUCACAUCAUUUAGUUUUUGUAAGAGCUCUUUAUCUUAAUGGGAAUAAAAACUAAUUUCAGAACGUACUAACAGCCAGCUAAUCAAUCCCUGUAAAUUUACUAUGAUCCCCCUUUGACAGAAGUGAAGAGUGGUUUAGUCUUUGUUCUGCCAGAAGAGAAGAUACCUAAUUGUACUGAAAGCAAAUUGGAGAAGAAUAAAUAGGAAUAAUUCGCAACUCAGGAAGUUAUGAAACUGGUUUCCAGCAACUAUAAUCUUAAUUGUUUAGCUGAGAAGGCAUACAAAGAUUUUGUCUAUGUACAAUAUCAAAUUUAUACUAGACUUAUCAACAUAAAUUAGAUCAACAGAAUUAUGAUGUCUUGAAAUUGAAUCCCAUGAGAUUGUGUAAAUCCUUUGGAUUUGAGGUCACUCCCAAGUUGAAUAGUAAAUUUCAUCAAUAAUUUAGAUUUCAGAUUAAGACCAAGCAAGGAAUAUCCACAAAAAUAGACCAAGACCAAUUAAACCAAAUCUAAAAAGAUCAAAAAGCAAUCUAAAAUUGUUAAUAAAAAAGUCAAUACAAAAAAACAUAAAAAUUGA